AUGAUUCGUCAUUCUCUUGUCUUCCUCAUUUCCUUUACGAUUUUGGUCUCCGGAUCAUUUUUUGAGGAGUCAACAUGCGAAGAUGAUCCAACUAUUGAUUGCGCGUCAUUCGAAGAAAAAUGCGCCGACGAGACAAUGGAACCAUUGCUUAAAAAACUGUGUCCAGUCACCUGUAAAUCCUGUCCAUCGACUGUUUCUCCAACUACCGCGGCUCCAUGUGAAGAUGCACCCGGAUCCAAUUGUGCGGAUUUCAAAAACCUCUGCAGCAAUGCGAAAUAUGUUCCAAUGCUAAAACAAUUCUGUCCAGUCACUUGUAACAUGUGUCCAGGGGCCACCACAGUUUCUCCACCAACACCAAGCCCGAAUUGUCACGAUAACGAAUCACAGUGCGCUGGAUGGGCAAGCCAAGGAUUCUGUACCAAUUGUUUCUAUACAUGUGAAGUUCGAAUCAAAUACUGCCAAAAAACUUGCGAGUACUGUACCGGGCAAAAAACCUGUGAGAAUUGU